UUCAGUUUUCAUGGCUAUGGUUUGAUCGCUUAGUGUCAUGGCGAUGCUGGGGACACUAGCUGCUAAAUGUUGUCGGUCAUUACUGUCUAAACCCUGUAAAGGGCUUUUCUCUGGAGUUUUACGGCCAGGCUGGACUCUGAGCUGCAUUGGAGCUAAGAGGCAUUUGUUGUCAGAAGAUGUUAUCAGACUGCAGGAUUUCCAGCAAAGAAAGCUUGCUGUGGCUCACCUUGUUUCCGGAUCAGAAGGCAAUUAUAUCGAGGUGUUCAAAGAGAAGAUGCAAAGGAAUGAGCUGAUCCUGCGAGAUGACCUGAAGCUGCUUCUCCACCUGUGCCAAACUCCAGAUGAUAUGCUAAUAGCCAGGGAAGCCAUCUACAGGUAUCAAGUGGAAAACCGUAACCUUUUGUACGGAGACUUCAAGUUUGGCCCUCUCUUCAUGAGGCUUUGCUAUGAGCUGGGUAUGGAGGAAAUGGCUGCUGCAACACUAAUAGAUAAGAAUAUGAAGGGCUUUUUCAUUGAUUCAACCUCUUUUAACAUCACCAUCAACAUGUUGUUUAUUAAAGGCUCAUAUGAAAGUGCUAUGGAGGUUUUAAGAACCAUGAGGAGCCAAGGAGUACCAUUCAGUAAAGACACAGUGACACUGGCGACUGGUACUUGCUAUAAGCUGAACACAGCAGAAUCCUACAGAAUCUGCAUGUCUCUAAUAGAAGAGGAACAGACCAGAGGACAAUUCAUCCCCCGCCAUGCGUACUGCUUCGCUGUAGCAUUAGCACUUAGACGGAAUGAUGUAGAAAAGGCACAGUCUAUGUAUUCACAAAUUAUGAGCACUGACAGCAAAUUGUGCCAGAACUUUAAGGUUAUGAUACUAGCAAUGUCAGGAGACAUAUUAGGUGCUGUUUCCGUCUUGUCGGCAGCCAUGUUGCCCAAAAGCCCGUUUUUUGUGAAAAAGCCAGAGUUUUCCCAGGAAGUGCUGGAUUUCCUCCGUUUGAGGAGUGAAGGCAGACUACUGGAUAUGAAAGUUGAGCAGGUGGUGACUCAGCUCCAACAGGCCUGUCAGGUGACUCAACAGACCCUCGACAACAUGCUGUGCCGUGCCCCGACGGGGAAGAGGAAACCAGCUCUAAUAGAGCAGGAGAGGAGGACCAGCCGAAGGACUCUGAGGCCUCUGCAGUCCAAUCUGUUGUCAGAGUGAAGCCAGAGACGAACACUUAGAAUCAACCUUCUCACUGGUGAUGAAAUAGAAUAUGAAAUUUCAGGGAUGGUAAUGCUACCCUAUUAAUAUGAGCUCCGUUAUCAGCACAAUCAUGAAAGCCAAUGGUGUUUGCCUAACAUGUAGUAAAAUGUUAAAUGAGAAAAAUAAGAUUGGAAUAAUACAUUUAUUUUCUACUAAAUUAUAAAAAUUGAAGAGCCUUUACCUUCUUCAGAAUUUAGCCACACAAACUUUACUCUUCUGGUACUUUGUAAAAGUUCCCAGGUUGGACCUGAUCUUAUUGCCAGGAUCUUCUAUGAAAAACAGAAUAACUGAUGCUCAUUUAAGGCUACUAUAUACCUCUAAGAAAAGCAUAGAUCUUUAGAUCUAAACAAUGCUACUUCCCAGAGCCAUUUCAAUAAUCUGUCCAUACAUUGUGCAUCCCAAUUACCUCGUUAUCCAUCUCUUUAAAGAAAUGCAUGGACUCCAGACAAGUAUUUGACUCUAUAUCUUCCCUUUCCCUCAACUCAAAGCUCCUGAAAGCAGUAAGAGAAAAACAGUAUUUGUGUUAUCUGCUUCUAAGUAUCCCAUAUGAACAAUAUGAGUGGUUUUAGGAGGGUUGUGUUUUGUAAACUCUGUAUAGAUGUGUGAGCAAGUGAUUAAAGGUUUGCCAGGUAUUUAAUAAUAAAAAUAGAUCUGGAAGGACCAGAAUUAAGAAA